AUGUCUCGGUUAAUCCUUCUCAUAAAUCCUUUUAAAAUAUUUCCUUCUGAAUUAAUAAAUUUGAUUAGAUUAUUUCAUUCAAUAAUAUACCAUCGUACCCAUUUAUUAGUCUUAUUAUGUCUCUUGACCUUUGCAUCUCUUGAUCCGGUGAAUGCGACAUUAUCAUUGUACGAUUCAUCUAACAUUGAGCUGGCCUCUUUGUCAAAUAUUGAUUUCCCAUUUCUAGAUACUUUAAAUAACAUUCCUCUCUCUAAUUAUUAUAAGAAUGGUGUAGUUAUUAAAGGAAAAUUAGCAAUCGCAAAAUUUAAUAUUAUUACUAUUGAUAAUAAUUUUACCAAUAAUGAUGAUGAUCCAUGUACGCUUAAACCUAUUCCUGUGGGAAUAGAUUUGUUGGUAGUUCCUUUUGAUGUUGUUCAACGAUUUGGUUGUAAUUUCAUUGAUGAUUUCAUCUCAAGAAAUAUAUGGAUAACCAAUGGUAUAAUGUCUCCAUCUGGUAGUAAUCAAUUUAGUCCACCUAAUGGGUCGACAAUUCUACCUAAUGGAACUAUUUCUUAUCCUACUAAUAAUGUUGACGUAAAAAAACGUAAUGAAAAUAAUGAACAAUGUAAAUAUUACGAUCAACAACAGUCAAUUAAUUGUAAUUCAUUACAAAAUCAAAAACGCGACAUCCAUAAAAGAGAUGUUUCAUUCAAUAUUAAUAAUUUACUCCCAAAAGUUAUUGCUUUUACUUCGUUGAACGGUGGUGACCCUGGAGUUAAGGAACCUAUCUAUAAUCGUGACUUGUUACGUAAUGUUAGUAUAGGUUUGACCUUGCUCAGAAAAAAGGAUGCGACUUUGAUUCAAUCUUUGAAUGCAAAUAUUGAUCAUAUUCAAAUUACUUCGAAUAAGGGUCCGUGGAUACUUUUACUACAAAGUAAUUCCUGGAUUGUGUGGUCUAUAGUGUGGGGUAUUAUAUACUGCUUUAUAUCUAUCACGACCUGUGCAAUAAUGUAUAAUAUUUUUGGAUCCUGGGAUUCAAAAAAUAUAAACAUUAUUAUUUUACCUGCUAUUUCUUUUUGUUCUCUUGCUUCAGCAUUAAUAUUGCAAAUUGAUCCAAAUGGUGUAAGAGAAGAUCGCUUAUCGAUAACAAAUUAUAAAUUAAUCAUAGGAUUAAGGUUUACUUCAUUAUGUAUGUUUUAUAUAAUAUUACAAUUUUUUUGGAUAAAAGCAACCAAAGAAAUAAUCAGAUAUGACACUCACCUAUUACCACAUAUUCGAAUCCUUUCAAAUGUUCAACGCCUAGUCUUAGUCUUUUCCAUUAUAAUUAUCUUAAUCUCGACGUUUUUAAAGACUUUAAAUCCAAUACCUACAAAUUCACGAGCAUUAUUAAAUUCCUCAACUAUAUUAGAAACCAUAUUUAUUGUGAUAGUAAAUUUGGGUUAUUUCCUAUUUGGAAUUGUUAUGAUUUGGGGAUUAGCAACACAUAGAGAAGUACAUCAAAGAAUUGGUGAAACUUUGAUUUAUAAAUUCGUUACUAAAGCCCUUUCGGAUAUAUUUUAUUCGAAUGCAGCUCCUACUAUAUCAAAUUUUUGGAAAUCAAGGGUAGCAAAACCAACAUCAAUGUUAUUAACAAAUUUAAAACUCGACAAGAAAGGGAGUAAGGGUAUGUUACAUCCGUCCAUUGAUGAAGAAGAUGAACGUAUAAAUUCUGCUGCUUAUACUACACGUAUUGCUGUUGUUCGACCUGAACCUACCUAUCGCAUAAAUCCAAAUAGAAUUGAUGUUGAUCUUCAAUUUGGUACUGCAAGAAAUGAUAGUGGUCAUAUUAUGAACAAUAGGAAUAGAUUUUUGGACGUGAAUAGAGAAUCAGUUGGUGAAAAAAAUUUAAAAGAUAAUGAUCCUUCGAAAGACUACACCAAAUUAAAACCUAGUAGUAGUAGUAAUGGAAAUGGUGGAAAAAGUGAGUCAAAUAAAUUUGACAUAAUUGAUUUAUAG